CGUUUGAUUAAGUUUAGCCUUAGCCUCGCCCCUCCUCGAAUUUGCCUUCGUCCGCCUUGCUAUUUUGGGACUAUUGACGCUCCUGUUUCGAAAUAUUGCUCUCCUUUCUCAUAUUGAAAAAGGGUUGCCCCUAAGGGAGCUAACCAUCCGUGGCUUGAAUGCGAUUGUCUGCGCCUUGAAUUUUACAACCACAGGCUUCCCUUUUUAAAGUCUCUGGUGUUCAAACUUUCUUCAUCAUGCGGGUUGGAAUACGUCUCACAGUGAUAUGCGUCUCGUCUCUGCUUCUUUUCUCAUUAUGUCUCCUCAAGGCGCAUCUUGAAGACCUCUGUAAUCAAUAUCGCGCUGGCGCAUACUUGGUUAAUUGGUUAGAUCGCAAUGGCGCCGUUCCGAACCCGACAUACGCCGACUCCGCCAUGGGGGACAAGGUGAUAGUGAUGGCCAAGCUGGAAGAGGAGCAUACCGAAUGGGUAGAACAAGAACUGCCUGACUGGCAACGCGCAAUCUACAUUGUCAAUCCCUCCCGAGAAACACGAUCUGACGCCAGCGCCCUGAUAACACCAUUCAACAAAGGCCACGAAGCAAUGGCCUACCUAACCUACAUAAUCGACAACUACAACAACCUCCCCGCAACAAUUGCCUUCCUCCACGCACACCGCUCAGGAUUCCUAACGGCCUGGCACGUGGAUGCGCCACUCCACGACAACGUCAUCGCCAUGCGCAAUCUCCAACUCGACUUCGUCCAGCGAAACGGCUACGUCAACCUGCGCUGCAAUUGGAAUCCCGGCUGCAAGGGUGCCCACCGCUUCAACAAGCAUGUCACCGAUCAGAUCUGGUGGGAUGUUUUCGAAGGUACGAGCACACCUCCGUUGAACAUGUCCUCGCCCUGGGAAAUGGAAUACGGUGGCCAUGGAUACAUCCGAAAGCCUGAUGAGAUUGGCGCGGCAUGUUGUGCGCAAUUUGCCGUUUCGCGCGAUCAGGUGCAGAAGCGGCCGCUGAAUGACUAUGUCAAGAUCCGACAAUGGAUUCUUAAAACCAAAUUGAACGAUGCAUCUUCGGGUAGGGUGAUGGAGUUCUUGUGGCAUAUUAUCUUUGGUAUGGAGGGUGUAUAUUGCCCCGAUGAACAGCUAUGCCAAUGCGAGGUCUACGGGAGGUGUCAACCCCUUUCUUAAACCUGUGCAUUUAUCGC